CGUGAGUGUCUACCUUAUUUUAACUUUUUGCCUUUAACCUGACGAACUACAAGUAAACAAUAAUCAACAAAGGAGCAUUGCACAAGAUCUAUAUAUUAAUUGUUCUUGUCAGUUUAAGUAUAUAGGUAAAUUCAUAAUGGAUGUAUUUCUAAUGAUUCGACGAAAAAAUAUGACAAUAUUUACUGACGCUAAGGAUAAUACUACAGUUCUUGAACUUAAAAAAAUUAUAGAAGGUAUAUUGAAAAUAUCACCUGUGAAUCAACAGCUGUUCAACAAGGAUAAUGUUCUUAUGUCAGAUAGUAAAUUUUUAUCUGAUUAUGGAUUAACAUCAGCAACUGCAAAACCACAAUGUCCUGCAUUAGUAGGAUUAGCUAUACGUCAAGAUAAUGGUCAAUUCGAACCUUUAGAGAUGACACCAUUUUCAUUACCACCUGAUUUACCAGAUGUUAUGAAAUCUCAAGAAACUAAUGGACAAGAACAAUCACCUUGAAACAUUGUGAAACAACUGAUGAUAAAGUGUUGAAUUCAAUACAAUUUUAUAAUUGUCAAAUAUUUCCAAAAAGGCUAACAGCUUAAGCAAACAUGAUGUGAAUAUUAGGUACAUACAAGUUUAUACGAAUAUUAAAAGUGUCUUGAGGCUUUUUAACUUCUGUAGGUAAGACUAUUGUUAACUUUUUGGUUAAUUAAUUUUUUUUAUUUUUGUUGUUUUUUGUGAAUAAUGAUCAAGUAUUAUUUGUACUUGACCAUUUGACUGAAAAAAAUAAUAAAAUAUAAAAUUUAUAAUACAGUACAUCAUCCAAGUUUAUUGUAAUCUUUUAUAGAUAUAAAAAUAUAUCAACACUUUGUUAUU